AUGUCCAGGGGACCUUUCGUCCUCUGGCUGCUGAGGGAGCUGUGGUGGCUUUAUCUGACACCAGCUGCAGCACAGACUGUGGUGACAGGAUACGUGGGCCAGACAGUGACUUUGCCCUGUCAGUACCCAUCAUGGUCUCCCAGCAACAGCAUGUGCUGGGGCAAAGGCCCAUGUCCCAACUCCAAAUGCAACGAGGAGCUUCUCCACACUGAUGGGACCAGGGUAUUCUCCCAGAAGUCGCAUAGAUACCAGCUUUGGGGGAGUAUCACGAGAGGCGACGUCUCCUUGACUAUCCUCAGUACCAACGAAGGUGACAGCGCUACAUACUGCUGCCGCAUAGAGGUGCCUGGCUGGUUCAAUGAUGUCAAGAAGAACAUUGUCCUGAGGAUAACGAGAGCCCCAACAACCACCCGGCGCCCAACCACCCGACGCCCAACCACCACCACCACCACCACCACCACCACCACUACCACCACCACCACUGCUAUGCCAACAACCACAGCUGUGCUUCCAACGACAGUCAUGACUACACCUGACCUUACAACUGGAACACCACUUCAGACAAGAACCAUCACUGCCCUCAGAACAAUGACAACCACGUGCCCAUGGACAACACCAACCUCCCUUCCUGCGGCAACCACAGUUCUUCUGACCACUGUGCCUUCCACCGAAGGAUCCACCCUCACUACAGAAUCAGAAGCUUCCCUUCUUCCUGAGGUAACUUCUGAAGACAGUUCUUUAUUCACACCUAAAGCCACUGAGACGACAAUUCUUAUGGAAAAUGAAGUUGAAAGAGAAAAGUUGAAUGGGGUGGACGGCCCCUUCCUUGCGAAGAUCAUUGCUCCCUCCCUUGGAUUUGUGCUGUGUGCAUUGAUUGUAGCGCUUCUACUUCGAGGAAAAGUCAUGAAAAUCAAUUGCUUCCAGAAACACACAAGGCUACACAACGUUGGAGAAAGUAAAAACGGCCUCGAUGACCUACAGCAUGGGAGAGAAGAUGAAGACGGUCUUUUCACACUAUAA